AUGCAGCAACUGACUCUCAAGCAUUUUGUCUUGCAGCAACGCGUACUAAAUCUCUAUCGGCAAGUUAUUCGAGGAUCACGAUCUAUCCCUGACCCAAUCGCUCGUAAAGAGACUAUCGCCUGGAUUCGCGCCGAGUUUGAGAGAAAUAAGUACAUUGAAGACGUAAAUCUCAUCGAAGACAAAUUAGCGUCAGGCCGUAGAGAACUGAAACAGAUUUUGCCAAGUCUGACGUUACCCCUGCGGUAG